AACCAAAGAAAAACAAUCAGGAUCAAUAUUCACAUGAUCGGAUCUGAAACUGUGUCUCUAAGUGAGACAGAGGAGGAGGAGGAGGAGGAGGAGGAGGAGGAGGAGGAAGAGGAGGAGGAGGAGGAGGAGAGGAAGAGGAGGAGGAGGAGGAGGAGGGGGAGGAAGAGGAGGAGGAAGAGGAGGAGGAUGAAGAGGAGGAGGAGGAGAGGAAGAGGAGGAGGAGGAGGAGGAGGAGGAGGAGGAGGAGAGGAAGAGGAGGAGGGUGAAGAGGAGGAGGAGGAGGAGGAGGAGGAGGAGGAGGAGGAGGAGAGAGGAGGAGGAGGAGGAGGAGGAGGAGGAGGAGGAGGAGGAGGAGAGGAGGAGGAGGAGGAGGAGGAGGAGGAGGAAGAGGAGGAGGGUGAAGAGGAGGAGGAGGAGGAGGAGGAGGAGGAGGAGGAAGAGGAGGAAGAGGAGGAGGAGGAGCAGCAGCUCUGUAUGUGUGUCCCCUUUACCACCUGGGAUCUGCUGACCUUCAUCUGCCCCAGAAAGACUCGUUCUCCAGGGGACAGUGUCCCAUUAAAGACUGCCUGUUAUCCUGUGUGUGUGUGUGUGUGUGUGUGUGUGUGUGUGUGUGUGUGUGUGUGUGUGUGUGUGUGUGUGUGUGUGUCUGCUCAGUGUCUGUACGUCCAGAGGAAUGCUGCUGCAGACGUGUUUCAGCUUGUUUGAUGAACGUGUGACGAGGGAGGGAGACGCAGUCAGGAGCUCAUGUCAACACCUGCUGGUCUCUGUGUCUCUGUGUCUCUGUGUCUCAGUGUCUCUGUGUCUCAGUGUCUCAGGAUGUCUCUGUGUCUCAGUGUCUCUGUGUCUCUGUGUCUCAGUGUCUCUGUGUCUCUGUGUCUCAGUGUCUCAGUGUCUCUGUGUCUCAGUGUCUCUCUGUCUUGGUGUCUCUGUUUUUCAGUGUCUCAGAACAUCUACAUGUCUCAGGACGUCUCAGUGUCUCAGUUUCUCAUGAAGUCCCUGUGUCUCAGUGUCUCAGGAUGUCUCUGUGUCUCAGUGUCUCAGUGUCUCAGUGUGUGUCUCAGUGUCUCAGUGUCUCAGUGUCUCAGUGUCUCAGUGUUUCUGUGUCUCUGUGUCUCUGUGUCUCAGUGUCUCAGGAUGUCUCAGUGUCUCAGUGUCUCAGUGUCUCAGUGUCUCAGUGUCUCAGUGUUUCUGUGUCUCUGUGUCUCUGUGUCUCAGUGUCUCAUGAAGUCUCAGUGUCUCAGUGUCUCUGUGUCUCAGUUUCUCAUGAAGUCUCAGUGUCUCAGGAUGUCUCAGGAUGUCUCAGUGUGAACUCCUCCACGUUUGUCCCUCAGACUCAUCUAAAUUUCUGUCUUUAGUUUUUAUCUGAUGUUAAAAUAAUUUCAUAAACUCUGAAUCAUUAAUUAAAUAUUAUUUCAGGUCAGUUCCUCUGACUGUUUGUUUCUCCUCUGGUGUCUAAAAAUGAGAGUUCAUCAAACUGAAGUAUGUCUGAACUUGGAGCUGCAGAGACGGUGGAGUUUGACUUUAUUUGUUGGACAGACGUUUUUAGGAGUUUGUUGAAAGACGAUUGUCGUUGUUUGUUUUCAGAUAAAAAAAUGUCUCACUAACAGCAGGAAGUGCAUCUUACUGUAGUUUUUUCUCUCUGGGCUCCUGAGACGUUUCCUUUUCUUCUUCUUCUUCUGUUUUUGCAGAAACAGCAGAGUCUCACUCUCUUCAUGUCUUUUGGUUUUUGUCCUAAACAGAGACACUGUCCUCGUUCAUUUGAAUCGAUUUAGUCGUUUGUUUUCGUGUAAGAGAAGCUCGUCUUUAACGCAGUCAGAGGAGUGUGUGUGUGUGUGUGUGUGUGUGUGUGUGUGUGUGUGUGUGUGUGUGUGUGUGUGUGUGUGUGUGUGUGUGUGUGUGUGUGUGAGUUAAACAGGUGUCAGAGUGUGGAGAAGCAGCAGGAGAAAGUCUUUUGUUUUUACUCCCACAACUUCACAGAAAUCUAAAUUUAGACGCCUUCACCCUCGCGCUCUCCUCUCCCCUCUGUGAACGCCACCCUCGGCAGACGUAUUUAUAUCCCCACUUCUGCUGCAGAAACCGCCGCCAACAAACGUGGCUCAUGUGCGGGGUCUUCUUCUCGUGCUGUAUACACACAAACAGGCAGAUCGAGCGCCGCGGAGCAGAGCGGGGAGUGGUUUCUUGUGCGUGUUGUGUAAGCGUUUGGCCGUGGUGCCGGGCUGUGUGGGAGCUCGCUUCACCUCAGCUCUCUGAUGGUGCCAGCAGAGACCCUGCAGUCAUCUGUUGAGUGGGAGAACAACUGAACCGCCGAGAAAAAAGUCCGAGAUGUAAAAAAAGAUCAAUUGGACUAAAACUGAAUCAAUCGGCGGCUCUGCUCCUGGAAACACUGCCUCAUUAAAGUCCCUGAGAAGACUGACUCAGGUUCAUCUUCUCAGUCUGACAGACACUUCUUCAGACAACAGGAAGUCCUGGACCUUUCAUCAGAGUUUUUAAUCAUGUAGGAUUGUCCAAACUCUGUUAGAGUUCAGAAGAGAAGAGCUGCUGACAGCUUCUCACCUCAGCUGGACACGAAACGAGAAAACUGCAGCGAGUUAAUGAGCCUGUUGGUGCAGAAAUAUCCUGUUCUAUCCUGAAGGGGGCGCAGUCUUAAGCUGCAGACAGUAGAGAUGGUUUAUCUCUUUAAUAAGACGCCAAAAUAAGAGCAAAGGUCACGGGCUGUUUGUGUUUUAGUGUCAUGAACACAAUGAGGAUAUCUGUGAGUUCUGCUGUAAGACGGAGCAGACAGGAUUCACUGUCGGUGGUUUUUAUCCAUCCUGAGUGAACGACUGUGAGUCUGCAGCUGAAGACAGACCUGAGUGUCCGAUAAAAGGGGCGGGGCCUGAUGAGACAGACGAUUACAGAAAACUCCUCCUCUGGUUUUAUCAUUUUUAAUUAUUUCCUGUUUUAUUUAUUUAUUUUCUGUUUAGUUUUAAUGUUAAUUAUGUUUUUAUUAUUUUUAAUUAUUUCCUGUUUUAUUUAUUUUUUUCUGUUUAGUUUUAAUGUUAAUUAUCUGUUUUUUUAAUAUUUGAUAAUUGAGGAAAUCUGAUCUCAGGUUUAGUAAAAUGCUCCAUAAAAAGUUCAAACAAACUGAAAAAUCAAACUUGUUGAAGUCCGUCUGUCGUCCGCUGACUGGGCUGGGAUCCCCUGACUGACUUUGUGGCCUGCCUGAACUAGCACCACUCCUCAGGUCAUGUCUGCAGACGUCAUCGCUGAGUUUUAAAAUGAUGAUUUCGUCGUAAAUGUUUUAAUAAUAAUAUUGUGUUUAUUUCUGAGUUUUCUGGAUAUCAAAAGUCGAAUGUUUCUGUCGUUCCUCAUCCUGAGUUUCCUCCUCCUCCUCCUCCUCCUCCUCCUCGUCUUGACUUUGCCCUUUCUCACUUUCACACUUCUCCCUCUCUCUCUCAUUAAAUCAACGUUGGCUGUAUUUUUAGCUGCUGCUGCUGCUGUCACCUCUGUGCACGCUCACAUACGGACCGUUCAGUGAGAAAAUGACAAAUCCAGUAAUUGGAUCUGUUUUUAUUAAACCAGAUCACUCCAAACUCGCCCCUCUCUCUCUCUCUCUCUCUCUCUCUCUCUCUGCCCCCCCCAGAAUCCCACCCAGGUGGGCACGGCCCUGCAGGUCUUCUAUAACCUGGGCAGCCUGAGGGAGACCAUCAGCUCUGUGGUGGGGGGUUACAGGACCACCAUCCAGGACAACAUCACCAGCGCUCUGGACAUCAAGGGUCUGACCCAGCCGGCUAACACCCGAGGUAAGAGACCCAGUUCAGGAGCUGCUCUGGUCUGAAGUGAUACCCCGGUUCUGGUUCCAUCUGGUUCUAGUUAAAGCACAUGUGACCUUCAGAUAACCCGUGGACUCAAUCACUCGUCUCUGGUUCUGAAUGGAUCGAUGAGGAUGUCCCGUAUUUCCUUCAGAACCAGCAGAGGUCUGUCUUUACCAAACCACUCACUCUGCUGGUUCUGACCCAGAUCAUUCAGCCUGAACUUUAGUGCUGUGAGGAGGAUGAGGAGCUGCUGAUUAUUUCUAUUGAUUUAUUGAUCACAGAUUAAAAACAGAUCAGGGCUGAUGGUCCACUCCUCUGACGGCGUAGGAGGGUGAAGACAACGACGUGAUGAGGACACGGACGGGUUAUAAACAUACAAAGAUCAGAGAAAAAACAUCAACAAACACAAACAGAACAUCAACUCAUAUAAACAACUAAUAACUAAUAACUAAUAACAUCAACUAAUCAUCAACCAGAGACGAUCGAAGUAAAACAGACAUAAAAACAUGAAGAUAACAGAGAACAACGCCUUUUAGACAUGAUCAGAUCAGAUCCAGGUUUAUUGAUAAAGAACAUUUCAAAACAACAAAACUCUGAUCAAAGUUCUGAACAGUAAAAAUUAAAAACAAUAAAAACAGAAAAUUAACAGGAAUAAUCAAACAGAGAGACAGGAACCCGUUAAAAACAGGAGGACAGAGACGUUCAGGAAGAACAGGAUCAAAGUUCUCAGGAGUAAAAGUUUGUUUAUAAAUGUGACUAAAAAAAACAGGAAGUGAGAGGGACCGUCGGACAUGAUGAGGAAGAGCGUUCAGAGCUUCGGCGCCAUGAUGGACCCCUGAACUUUAACCUUGACCUCGGGACAGUCAGAAGGUCAGAGGGUCUGAGAGUCCCAGAUGAAAUAAAAGGUUUUAAAGAUUUACUAACAACAUUUUAAAAUCAAUCCUAAAACUCACAGGAAGUCAGUGAAGAGAGGCGAAAAUCGGGGAAAUGUGGUCGUAUUUACGGCGAGCAGAUAAAACAGGAGGAGGAGGAGGAGCUGUAAACGAUGAAGAGGUUUGACUGACACCAAAAUAAAGAGGAUUAAAACAAUCAAGACGAGCCGUGAUCAAAGUAAAACCUUCUUAAAAUCACUGAAAGAUAAAAAGACUCGACCUCGUUUAAAAGACGAUAAAAACUGAUUUAAUGAUGUUUUAAAGGAUAAUGUUGAUUUUAGAGAAACGUCCUGAUCAAAAGUGAAACCAGUCUGAUGAGAAGAAGUUCUCUGUGUGUUAGCCCGGUUAGAGAUCUGCAGACCAGAACAAAGGUCCACGUUCACCAGGCCGUCUGUUCUGGUCUCAUGUGGUCUUGGUAAAUCCUGAUCCUCACAUAAAGGAAGUGUGGUGUGUUUGUGAAGUUCUGGACCAGCCUGGUGUGGGUUUGGUCUCAGCUGUGUUUACGUCAGAAGUGGGUCAGAAUUAACGCCGCGGUUCCUCGGGAUUAAAGCCUGAAGGGCCUGGAUCAGGGACUCCUGAGGUUCACAGAAGACUUUAGUUUUAAAGAAUAAUGAGGACAUGAGGACUCACUUCUUCAGAUCUUUAUUAUUGAUAUCAUUUAUUGGAGAAAACAAUCUCUACAGUUUUAGUCCGUGUCUGUCCUCAGAGUUCUUCAUGUUUGAAAGUCUCUCCUCAGUGACAGAAGAGUGGAGGUGUCUUCAGCUCACACACUGCUGUGUUUGUGUCUCUUUUAGUGUCGGUAAAAACAGUAAAUCACAAGACUCAGAGACGUCAGCUUCAUCCUCCAAGUCUGAGAGUCAGACUCUCUAAAAACCUGAACCAGAACCUGAACCUGACUCACUUUUACAGGGUCAGGGGAGCAGGUCUGGAACCAACACACGACGUGAACUGGACCAUAAAGACCUCAGAGAAGACCACAGGCGGGAAUCAAACCGUCUCUUUAUCAGUGAUGGAAGAUCAGUUCUUUUGACUGACUCUUUAGAGUCCCUUCAUUAAAAUGAUUCAUUCAAAAGAUUCGUUCACUGAAUCAGGCCGUGUUUCGGAGCCCCGCCCUGUCGCUGCAGUACAGCAGUGAGUGACACAGCGGCGUGUUCGUUCAUUAGCCCCUCCCCUCCCUGCUGCUGAAGUCACAGCGUUGUGACUCCCUCCUCCGACUGAAUAAAGUCGUUCAGGAGUCGUUCGUUUCGUUCACCAUGUCGUUCACUGACUGAUAGAUGUCGUUGAUUUGCUGUGAGUGAAUCAUGAGACUCCGCCCACCCACUCGCUGGCUGUGUGUCGUUCGCCAGAGUCAGAGGCGGCAGUUCCACUCCUGACCGACACGCCAGGAUCUGAGAAAGGAACGAAUCAGGUCUGAGAGUGAUUCAGUUCACGCCGUGUCCCUGCAGACUCCACAGAAACCUCCUCCACCCUCAGGAGCCGCUGAAGAACACUCAGACGGACUAAAGUCUCAGUCUUGUUUCAGUAGCUUCCUCACGUUUGGACUCUGAGUUACAGACUGAAUCUCCGUCUGUUCUCCUUCAGUCUGUGUUUUAAUCUCAGUGGGAUUAACCUGCUGAAAUAAGGACCAAAUAAAAUCUCAUUUAUUCUCUAAGAGACCCUGAACGUUAUGUAACUUCAUUUAUUCCGUUUAUUCCAGAUUUAUUCUAACAGGAUUAUGUAAACAGUCAUUUCCAGAGGCGAGACUGCAGACGCCCCCGACGCCCCCGGAGAUCAGACGGCGUUUUUAACCACGACGGCGUGGACCUCAAAGAUUAUAAACGCUGUGACGGUUUAGUGCCGCAGGCUGACGGACUCCUCUUUAGACUUGAUCUUAGAGCCAUCAGGAUUUCUCCUGUAUGUCAGUGAAGGUCCGAGAACCUCCACACUCCUGCAGCAGCUGUUUGUGUUUGACCUUCGACCUCCAAACCCACUUCCUGAAGGUCAUCUAAUGAAGUUUAUUCCUGCAGGAGCGCCGGGCAGAGCCGUGCUGCCAACGCCCGGGAACACCGCCGCCUUCCGCGCAGCUCUGUGGACCAACCUGGAGAAGCUGAUGGACCAGAUUUGUGCUGCGUGCAAACAGGUGAGACCCAGAACCGAGUCCCAAACUCAGACCCGGUCCGCUAAAAGUCCAGAACUUCAUUAAUCUUCUGAAAUCUUCCAGGUGCAACAUCUGCAGAAGGUCCUGACGAAGAAGAGAGACCCGGUCACUCAUGUGUGCUUCAUCGACGAGAUCAUCAAGGUGAGUGGACUCCUCUGCUCUGACGUUGGCCCGGGUUCUGGUUCUGGGGUUAUCUGUGGAUUCUCUGAACGCUGAGUCCUCCAGGAGCUCAUCAUGAAACAUCAGACGGCGUGUGGCGGCCUGGUUAUGUGAGGCGCUCUCCUCUCCGCUCUGAUACCUGACCCCCGGGGGGUUCUGCUCAGGAUCUUCAUCAGACCUGAACACAGAACUAGAGCACCUAGAUCUGCAGAUGAAAAACACACAGACUGCUCCUUUAUGGUGGAAUCAUCUGAACUCUGAACAGAUUCAGGAGGAGCAGGAGGAGCAGGAGGAGGAGGAGGAGGAGAGUUUUCACGCCAGUCUUUGACGGGUUUUCAGGACCCCCAUCAGCACCAGCCAGAUGCACAAAUCAGAGUGGAGGACUGUUUCUAUGGAAACAAAGCUCUCACCAAUUACCCUGAGCCGGAGGUGUGAGCGCAGACCUAAUGACAUGUCUAAAUGCACGGCUCCUCCUCAGCAGCGCCGCUUUACUGUCGGGGAGCAGGGCGCCAUGUGUCAACAGGAAACUCAGAGCGAGGACGUGCGGUCCUGCUUCAAAGACGGCGGUGAUGACAGGAUGAAUAAGACACCUGAGAGGUGAGAAACGGGCCGCGAGUCAUUAAAGGCGCCGUCAUCACCGCGUUCAGGAGGAGGAGGAGGAGGAGGAGGAGCAGCGGCGGCGACACGAUGAAGACGUUUCACAGAUUUCCAGAAAAAUCCACAUUUUGAUUUCAUAGUCUUUGUGGUCUUUGUAGUCUUUCCUCUCAGACGGGUUUCAAAGAUUUGUCAGUUCUUCCUGGUCUCAGAGUCUCAGAGGGGAAAGUACAGAAGGAGGAGGAGGAGGAGGAGGAGGAGAGGAGGAGGAGGAGAGGAGGAGGGACAGCUGAGCAGCAGACCUGCAGCAGACCUCCCUAAUGAGGGAUUAGAGGACGAUGAACACACACACACACACACAGACACACACACACACAGACACACACACACACACACAGACACACACACGCGCACACACACACACACACACACACACACACACACACACACACACACACACACACACACACACACACACACAGACACACACACGCGCACACACACACACACACACACACAGACACACACACACAGACACACACACACACACACACACACCUGUCCAGUUGAGUUAGAGGGUUCCUCCGUCUCCAUCAGUGUUCCUGCAGACGUUCAUUCAGCCUCUCAGAGAUUAAAAAACAAAAACAGUUUUUAUUUUUUAUUUUUCUGUCUUCUGUCGUCUUUAUCAUCAUCUCUCCUGUUUACCUGUGUCACUGAGACUCCGCCUCUGUUUACCUGUGUCACUGAGACUCCGCCUCUGUUUACCUGUGUCACUGAGACUCCGCCUCUGUUUACCUGUGUCACUGAGACUCCGCCUCUGCUCACCUGUGCACAGGACGCUCAGCCUGACAUCCUCUACACCUUCUGGAGCGACGUGACCACCACCCUGAGGGAGGAGUUUCACAGGGCCACUGAAGGUAGGACCCGGGUCCAGGAUUUAAGACUUUAAAAACUUCAGUCUUUAAUAUUAAAGGUACAGUCCGUAGAAUACAGAGCCUUUUAUUAUUAUUAUUAUUAUUAUUAUUGUUAUUAUUAUUAUUAUUAUUGAUAAUAAUAAUAAUAUUUUUAUUAUUAUUAUUAUUAUUAUUAUUAUUAUUAUUAUUAUUAUUAUCGUUAUAUAAACAGUGUUUCUGAAUUCCUGAGAGGACAGCGAGAGCUCGUCGUUGUCUGUGGUUUUUAAUUUCACUGGUAUUGAUGGUAAAAACUGAUCAAUGGAGGAUCAGCCUUCUGAUUGGAGGGAUCUGAGCUGAGGUUAGAGUUCAGGAUGGGAACAUGAGGAGGUAAAAGGAGGUCAGGACAGGAGACUGAAGGAGUGAACUGAUCUGGUUUACUGAUGAAGCUUUUCCUAAAACCAUCUGAUCUCCACAAGCUCGACGUCACCCUCAUCAGAACCUCCACAGCUGCACAGAACCACCUGAAGAAACACAAGAACAGUUUCAGCAGGAGGAUGGAGAAGAGCUGGACCAUCAGACCAUCAGACUUCAGUUUAACCACAAACAAACCCAAACCUUAUUGAUCAAAUGUUAUUGAUUUAACUCUAAUCACACAAUUCAGACGCUUUAUCCUCUGAAAACAGACUGAUUACUGCAGCAGAGGGGCGUCAGUGAGAGGAGGAGGAGGAGCAGGGAGAGGAGAGGGAGGAGGAGGAGGAGAGGGAGGAGGAGGAGGGGGAGGAAAAAUAGGAGGAGGAGGGGGAGAGGGAGGAGGAGGAGGGGGAGGAGGAGGAGGGGGAGGAGGGGGAGGAGGAGGGGGAGAGGAGGAGGAGGAGAGGGAGGAGGAGGAGGAGGAGGAGGGGGAGGAGGAGGAGGAGGAGAGGAGGAGGAGGAGGAGGAGGGGGAGGAGGAGGGGGAGAGGAGGAGGAGGAGAGGGAGGAGGAGGAGGAGGAGGAGGAGGAGGAGGAGGAGGAGGAGGAGGAGGAGAGGGAGGAGAGGGAGGAGGAGGGAGGAGGAGGAGGGGGAGGAGGAGGAGGAGGAGGGAGGAGGAGGAGGAGGAGAGGGAGGAGGAGGAGGGGGAGGAGGGGGAGGAGGAGGAGGGGAGGAGGAGGAGGAGGAGAGGAGGAGGAGGAGGAGGAGGAGGAGGAGGAGGAGGAGGAGGAGGAGGAGGAGGAGGAGGAGGAGGAGGAGGGAGGAGGAGGAGGAGGAGGAGGAGGAGGAGGAGGAGGGAGGAGGGGGAGGAGGAGGAGGAGAGGAGGAGGAGGAGGAGGGGGAGGAGGAGGAGGAGGAGGAGGAGGAGGAGGAGGGGGAGGAGGGGGAGGAGGAGGAGGAGGGGGAGGAGGAGGAGGAGGAGGAGGGAGGAAAAAUAGGAGGAGGAGGAGGAGAGGAAGAGGAGGAGGGGGAGGGGGAGGAGGAGGAGAGGGAGGAAAAAUAGGAGGAGGAGGAGGAGAGGAAGAGGAGGAGGGGGAGGAAGAGGAAGAGGAGGAGGGGGAGGAAGAGGAGGAGGAGGAGGGGGAGGAGAGGGAGGAGGAGGAGGAGGAGGAGGAGGAGAGGGAGGAAAAAUAGGAGGAGGAGGGAGAGGAGGAGGAGAAGGAGGGGGAGGAGGAGGAGGAGGAGGGGGAGAGGGAGGAAAAAUAGGAGGAGGAGGAGGGGGAGGAGGAGGAGGAGGAGGAGGAGGGGAGAGGGAGAGGGAGGAAAAAUAGGAGGAGGAGGAGUGAUAAUUUCGUGCUCUUCAGGAAUCAGAGUAAUUGUUUCUAACAGCAGCUGAUUCUCUGUUUCUCUCUCUCUCUCUCUGUCUCUCUCUCUCUCUCUCUCUCUCUCUUUCUCACUCUCCCUCUCUCUCUCUCUGUUUCUCUCUCUCUCCCUCUCUCUGUUUCUCCCUCUCUCUCUCUCUCUCUCUCUCUGUUUCUCUCUCUCUCUCUCUGUUUCUCUCUCCCUCUCUCUGUUUCUCUCUCUCUCUCUCUCCCUCUCUCUCUCUCUGUUUCUCUCUCUCUCUCUCUCUCUCUCCCUCUCUCUCCCUCUCUCUCUCUCUGUUUCUCUCUCUCCCUCUCUCUCUCUCUCUCUCUCUCCCUCUCUCUCUAUUUCUCUCUCUCUCCCUCCCUCUCCCUCUCUCUCUCUCUCUCUCUCUCUCUCUCUCUCUCUCUCCCUCUCUCUCUCUCUCUCUGUUUCUCUCUCUCUCUCUCCGUUCAUUAUCGCUCUCUUGUUUUCCCGCCUCUUUAAACAAACUCAAACUCGCUCCAAUCGAUCGUAAAUCAGAGAAGCCGAUAAAGAGUCAAAAAUCAGUGAAACGAGAGUGAAGGUGUGAGAAGAAAGAGUCGAUGAUAGACACAAUUACACACGCACACACACACGCACACACACGCACACACACACACAGAUCAGAGUCGUCUGAUUACACAGAGUAACAGCGUGAGAACAGGAGAGGCAGAUUUGGACGUUAACAGACUUCAAACUCACAAUCUGCAUGCUGUGUGUUUGUUUGUGUGUACUUCUCUGUGUGUUUAUGUGUGUUUCUGUUAGCUGUGUGUGUUUGUGUGUAUUUCUGUGUGUGUUUGUGUUAGCUUCAAACCACUUCAGUCAGGGGUACUUCUUUUUAUUAUAUUUUUAUUUUAUUUUUCAUUUUAUUUUAUUUUAUUUUCAUUUAAUUUUUAUUUUAUCUUUUAUUUUAUUUUUAAUUAAACAAAAUUUUUAAUUGAAUUGAAUUUACUUUAUUUUUUUCUGAUUUAAUUUGAUUUAAUUUUUAUUUUAUAUUAUUUUUAUUUAUUUAUUUAUUUAUUUUGAUUUAUUUUUUAUUGUAUUUUAAUUUAAUUUUAAUUUAUUUUAUUCUGUUUUUAUUUUAUCUUUAUUUUACUUUUAAUUUUAUUUAUUUUUUAUUUUUAUUGUAUUUUUAUUUCAUUUUUAGUUUAUUUGUUUUAAUUUUAUUAUUGAUUUUAUAUAAAUUUGUAAUUUUUUUUUCUGACUUCAAUUUUUUUUUAUUUUACUUUGUUUAUUUAUUUAUUGUUUUUAUUGUAUUUUUAUUUUAUUUCUAUUUUGUUUUAUUUUUAUGGGGGGCACACCUCCCCUCCAAGGGGACUGUCCGUCUCACCAACUGUCCGUCUGUGUCUCCGCAGCUUCGUCCUUCCUCAAACAGGCCUUUGAAGGGGAAUAUCCGAAACUGCUGCGUCUGUACAACGAGCUCUGGCGCCGCCUGCAGCAGUACAACACCAGCCUGCAGGGGGCGCUGACCGGUGGCGGAGGGAUGGACGUGUCGCUGGACAUCAGCAGCACAGAGACGGACAGUCAGGACCUGUUCACGCACGGCAAACAGGACUACAAGUGAGCAGCGGAGGGAGGGGUGAGGGUGUGAUCACACCUGAGUUCAGAGUGAGAGGAGACGGAGAGUUAAUCUGUGGACGAGCGUAAUCUCACCCAGAUUAACACGUCAGCUGUUCGGCUGUUCUCCUCUAAACUACGGUGGCCUUCAGAGCUCAAAAACCCUCAAACUGAGACGCCAUCUUCUCAGGGUCUCAUGAAGGUCACUGAACCUCGUCCACCUGAAAACUCAGGUGUGAUCUGCUCAGGGUCCAGGAGAAAAACACUCAAACUAGUUUAGAAGAGCAUGUGAGGACCAGACACACACACACACAGGAAGUGACAUCAUGAGCGGUCUGAAGCGGUCCGAUCUGACCCUCUCUGGUUCUGUUUGUUUCUCCAGUCCAGAAAAAGCUCUGAAGGACUCUCUGCAGCCGUAUGAAGCCGCCUACCUCUCCAAGUCGCUCUCCCGCCUGUUUGAUCCCAUCAACCUCGUCUUCCCGAUGGGCGGACGCAACCCGCCGUCCCACGACGAGCUGGACAGCAUCAUCAAGACCAUCAGCAGGCGAGUACAGAAGAAGAAGUCACAUGUCUCACACACACAUGCGUUGACUUCCACUCCAGAGUCGUGUCCGUUUUCUCGAACCCUGUCAGGUGACUUUAGUUUGAUGGUUCUUCGCAGUGAGCUGAACGUGGCGUCAGUCGAUCCGAACCUUUCUCUGGCUGUGGCGAAGAACGCCGCCAAGACCGUCCAACUCUUCUGCGUCAAGUCCGAGCAGCUGGUGUGUACUGUGUGUGUGUGUGUGUGUGUGUGUGUGUGUGUGUGUGUGUGUGUGUGUGUCGUCGUAUUUCAGGCGUCACUCCGUCACUCUGAGGUGUGUUUUUAAUCCUCGUGUGUGUCUGUCCUUCACCCCCCCAGCUGUGCACUCAGGGCGAUGCCAGUCAGGUGAUCGGUCCGCUGACGGAGGGUCAGAGGAGGAACGUGGCUGUGGUGAACUCUCUGUACCGUCUGCAGCAGGCCGUGGCGAAGGUGAGAGGCUGAAACAACUUCAGGAUAAAAACAAAUAAAAACACUGAGAAUUAAAGAUAAAAACUCCAGUGGGGAGUUUUUCACGGACACAGAUCCUCAGCCUGAAGACCAGCCGCUCUGUCUCCUCUGAACUCUCGUGUUUCUGUGUUUGCAGAUCAUCUCAGGCUUGGGUUCGAGUCCUGCAGCUGCUGCGGAGGCCCUGUCUUCUUCUCUGGAGGUAUCAGCAGCUUUUUUAUCCCCAUCUGAGUUCAGGUCCUCUCACAGUUCAGAGUCUGUGAUAGUCUGGGUCUGCAGUCUUUGAUAGUCUGGGUUUACAGUCUGUGAUAGUCUGGGUUUUCAGUCUUUGAUAGUCUGUGUUUACAGUCUUUGAUAGUCUGGGUUUACAGUCUUUGAUAGUCUGGGUCUGCAGUCUUUGAUAGUCUGGGUUUACAGUCUUUGAUAGUCUGGGUUUACAGUCUUUGUAAACCCAGACUAUCAAAGACUGCAGACCCAGACUAUCAGUCUUUGAUAGUCUGUGUUUCCAGUCUUUGAUAGUCUGUGUUUACAGUCUUUGAUAGUCUGGGUUUACAGUCUUUGAUAGUCUGGGUUUACAGUCUUUGAUAGUCUGGGUUUACAGUCUUUGAUAGUCUGGGUUUACAGUCUUUGAUAGUCUGUGUUUCCAGUCUUUGAUAGUCUGUGUUUACAGUCUUUGAUAGUCUGGGUUUACAGUCUUUGAUAGUCUGGGUUUACAGUCUUUGAUAGUCUGUGUUUAUAGUCUUUGAUAGUCUGGGUCUGCAGUCUUUGAUAGUCUGUGUUUCCAGUCUUUGAUAGUCUAUGUUUACAGUCUUUGAUAGUCUGGGUUUACAGUCUUUGAUAGUCUGGGUUUACAGUCUUUGAUAGUCUGUGUUUACAGUCUUUGAUAGUCUGGGUUUACAGUCUUUGAUAGUCUGGGUCUGCAGUCUUUGAUAGUCUGUGUUUCCAGUCUUUGAUAGUCUGUGUUUACAGUCUUUGAUAGUCUAGGUCUGCAGUCUUUGAUAGUCUGGGUUUACAGUCUUUGUAAACCCAGACUAUCAAAGACUGCAGACCCAGACUAUCAGUCCUUGAUAGUCUGUGUUUCCAGUCUUUGAUAGUCUGGGUUUACAGUCUUUGAUAGUCUGGGUCUGCAGUCUUUGAUAGUCUGGGUUUACAGUCUGUGAUAGUCUGGGUUUACAGUCUUUGAUAGUCUGUGUUUACAGUCUUUGAUAGUCUGUGUUUACAGUCUUUGAUAGUCUGUGUUUCCAGUCUUUGAUAGUCUGUGUUUCCAGUCUUUGAUAGUCUGGGUUUAUAGUCUUUGAUAGUCUGGGUUUACAGUCUUUGAUAGUCUGUGUUUACAGUCUUUGAUAGUCUGUGUUUCCAGUCUUUGAUAGUCUGUGUUUGCAGUCUUUGAUAGUCUGGGUUUACAGUCUUUGAUAGUCUGUGUUUACAGUCUUUGAUAGUCUGUGUCUGCAGUCUUUGAUAGUCUGUGUUUACAGUCUUUAAGUUUCUCAUCAAACGUUACAGAGCCUUUUUUUCUGCCGACUCAUCAAACGCCGCGUCUCUUUAACCAUUUUCUCUCCUGAACCUUCGACAUCGGCGCCAUAAACUUACACAUUAGAUUUUUAUUCCUGCUGCUUAUCAGCCUGCAGAGUCCUCACACACACACACACACACACACACUCACACACACACACACACACUCACAGAUAUGAAGUGUUUGUUUACUCUUAUAUUCACACAAACAUGAACUGGAGCGACAAACUAAAGUCACCUGUCAUGAAACUCCGACCUCAUCCAUAUGUACCCGCUGAUCACAUGACUAGACAGGUUACUAUGGCAACAGAGAGCCUCUAAGACACAGCAGGAUCAUGUGAUUCAGAGGGUCUCUGCGGCCGUUCUCAGGUCCUGGUCUGGAGUCUCUCUCUGUCUCUGGUUUCAGGGGGUUCAGGCCCUGAUGAGCAGCGCCGUGCAGCCUCUCCUGCAGUCCGUCAGCGACUCCAUCGAGGCCAUCAUCAUCACGCUGCACCAGGAGGACUUUUCAGGGUGAGAAACACCUCCUUCCUCCUGAGGAACCCGAGCUGUCCCAGUUUUCCUCCGACUCUCUGAGGUCCGAGGUCACAUGAUCGACCCUGCUGCUGAUUCUCGCAGCGUUAACACCGUUUACACUCACAUACACUUUGUACUCCAGUUGAUGUCAAAGCUUGAGCAGACCGUCAGCGCCCCCUGGUGGACACGUUUUGUCACUGCGAUAAAACAGACGUGAGACCCACAGACAGGAGGUCAUUAAUCUGAAGUGAUUUAAGAAAACCUGAAGGGGGCGCUGAGUGUGGAGGGGCAGGUCUCAGUCCUGACCCGGUCACCUCAGGAUCCUGGACCAAUGAAAACAGUAGAAACCUGAUUUUAACUGAAAACAGCGACUGAAGAAAACAGAGGUCAGUGAGAGUUCAGCGUUUAGUCAGACCUCCGCUCCUCCAGAGGAGAGUCCGUCUCUGGUUUUCUGUUCCUGAUCUAAAACAAAACGGUUCUUUUUACAACAAAGUUCUUCACAGAGAAAACAGAGACAGACUGACGACUAACAUGAGGUCAUGAAAACACAAUAAUCAAUAUCAGUGCAGUUAAACACACAGGGAUCAACAAACGACCUUAAAAUGUCAGAAAAGUUUCAAAAGAACAAAUAAAAACCAGAAAUAAAGUGAGAGAAGUGAGAGAAGUGAAGACCGAGGCUGAAAAGUCACUCCAGAGAAACAGACCAAUCAAAACUUUUUAAAAUCACUCUGAUGUUUUUUUUUAUCGUUGUGAUGUUCGGGUACUGAGUCGGUCUCCGUCUUCGCUGCAGGCCUCUGUCCGCCCCCGAUAAGCCCGACGUCCCGUGUUCCCUCUACAUGAAGGAGCUGCAGGGCUUCAUCGGCAGAGUGAUGGCCGAUUACUUCAGACACUUCCAGUGUGUGGACUUCAUCUACGAGAGCACCGAGACCAUCGCUCAGAGGGCCAUCGAGCUCUUCAUCCGCCACACCAGCCUGCUGCGCCCCCUGGGGGAAGGCGGGAAGAUGAGGCUGGCUGCAGACUUCGCACAGGUGGGCGUUACAUUCGGAGGUUCGCUGGUUUUCCUCCGAUCGGAGUUUGUGUUCAUCGAUCUGUUUGUCAGACGUGGAGGUUUGUCCCUGAUGGACCAGGCGUGUGUCCUCUGUUUGUUAGAUGGAGAUGGCGGUGGCUCCUCUCUGCAGGAGAGUGUCUGACUUGGGGAAACCGUACAGGAUGCUGCGUUCCUUCAGGUGGGUUACACGCCGUCAGCACAGAGACGCUGGAGUCCGUCCUUUGGGACCUUCUCUUUUCAACCAGAGAUGAAACUGAUUCAGGUCCAGGUGGUUUUGAGUCUGUAGUCCUGGUCAUGGAGCUGUGUUUGUUGUUUCAGGCCGUUGCUGUUUCAGACCAGCGAGCUGAUAGCCAGCAGUCCGGCUGUGGGAGACCUGAUCCCCUACAGCACCCUGCUGCACUUCUUCUUCACCAGAGCGCCGCCGGAGCUCAAGUCCCCCCACCAGGUAGGAACCCGACCAACUUUUCCUUUUACCAAGUGAAGACGGCUCUAACUCCGAGAUGUUUCACUCACUGGGUCGCCGUGUUCCCCCACAGAGAGCCGAGUGGUCGGUCGCCCGUUACUCCCAGUGGCUGGAUGAUCAUCCGUCGGAGAGAGACAGGCUCUCCCUCCUCAAGUAAACACUUUUCCUUCUUUACUUUCUGUCCUCUGCAAACACACAGACAGCCUGAGCUGAGAAGAACUGGACCUCAGAGAGCAGAGAGCACGGAUCCUUCACUGAGAUCCAAUCAGAACUUUAUCAGAACCAUCAGCUCCUCCUGCUGAGCUGCAGGCGCCUCCGUCUCAGCGUCUGUGUGUGAAAAUACGUGUGACAUACUGUACAUACCAUCACACACACACACACACACACACACACACACACACACACGUUGUUAUCCUUCGUAAACACACUCAGUGAUGAGUGGGUGUGGCCUGCCUGAACCCUCUCCUGUGUUCUCCUGUGUUCUCCUCUAAGGGGCGCUCUGGAGGCCUACGUGCAGUCGGUGAGGGCUCGUCAGGGAAAGGAGUUCGCGCCCAUCUAUCCCAUCAUGCUUCAGCUGUUACAGAGAGCCAGCAGCAGCAGCAGCAGCAGCUCACAGGAGGCCAGAGCCUGAAGAGGAGCAUCUUCUCCAUGAUGAUGGGAGCAGUGAGUGAGGGGAUUAUUCCAGCAGAGGAAUGAUGGUUCUCACCUGAGCCUCUUUGUUUUGUUACACACUAUGUUUGCAGGAAGGAGACGAAACCGGAGAGUAUCUGAAGAAAUGGGACGUACCCGCUCUGAUAUCUGGGUUCAGCUCAUGUUAAACUCUCUCUGACUGUGUUGUGAAGGUGUUUGUACAGACAGUCUGUAAAAUCUUAAACACGAAUCUUGAGAAUAAAAUGGGAAAAAAUAAAGGAGUUUCAUUUUGUACAACACAAACACACACACACACAACAGACAGACUGACACACAGUAUUUAUGUGUAAAAAUGUCACAGUGGAG